CUUACCUACGACAUCGCAAAGUUCAGAAAGUGAACAUUUGGACGGAAAAAUUGGGUUUUAAUACUCAAAGCCACACCAACAAACCACCUCAGCGACUUCCAUUUUCAUUUUUUUAAAACACCCACAACUCGUUACUCAAUAUUGACACAUUUGCACUGCCUUGAGAGAGAAUUUUUUAUCUUACAUCGGAUUUUGUCAACAUGGAUUUUUAAAAUGGUCAGAAAACGAAAGAUAAUUGUGCUUUAUAAGCGCUUUUCACGCAUUACCAAUGGAGAAACGUUCGAAAGUGCAGGCUAGUAAAAGCCUGACACAUGUAAAAAAGGUUCAAGAAUACGGUCCCCGAUUUAAAAAUGGACAACGCAAUGAUCACCGAAGAGAGGCCAACGUUUGCAAAGCAACAGGUACGGUUCCCAAAACCAAAGCUGUUGUUCAUUCUCGUCAACGGAAUGUAGUUCAACGAAAAUUGGUUGAAUAUGACGAGACCCAAGAACUGGAAGAUCAGGAGCUCUACUCCGUUUACGAACAGGGUAGCAAGAAGCAAAAUCUAAAUCACCUCCUCAACUUCCAUUACUCUCCCCGAGAGCCACCAACUAACUCCUACAACUCAUGGUCGUACCACAAAAACAGCAAAACUCCAUCGCACUAUCCGAAAUACGACAAAAAUCAAUUCCUCAAAGCGAAUUGUCAGUUCGUCGUCAAGUCGCACGACGACUACAAGGCAUUUUUGUAUGCGCCCGAUAUUUUGCCACUCUGGAACCUCAUUGAGCAAAUCAACAUGAUGAUGUACGAGAAUCCGCAAUGCCCGAUUUGCUUGUAUCCGCCAACUGCAUGCAAAAUUACCAAGUGCGGACACUACUUUUGCUAUUCGUGCGUCUUGCAUUACCUGGCAUUGGGUGAAAAGACAUGGCGCAAGUGUCCCAUUUGCAAUGAUGCCGUUACAGCUGACGAUUUGAAGAGUUUAUUGAUCAAACCCAUAACGUAUCACAACAUUUCGGACGAAAUUCACUUUGAUUUAGUGAAAAAGGAGACUGGCAGUUCGUUCGUCAUCAAGUCCGACGCUGAUAUUGACGAAAAUGUUAUUCCGGAUUUGGCGAAUAAUGACGUCAUUUACUCAAAAGCUGUUGUGGCGAGUGCUGCAGAUAUACUGCAAAUUAUUGAACGAGAGAAGCACGAAUUGACAUUUGAGCUGCAGACGACCGAUGAGGAAGUUGUUUUUAUUGAACAAGCUCUGGAAUCACUCAAAGAACGAGAACGUAAAAUAACAGAGUUGGCUGAAAAGGAGGAAACUCCACCAUCUACUCCUUCAGAAAAGGAAAAAUCCGUUUCUGAUGACACUGCGGACAAAACUGAAAGUCAAUUUAAAUAUUUCUAUCAAUUACGUGACGGUCAAAAUUUAUUUUUGCAUCCAAUUAACGUGAAAAUGUUGGAAACUCUCUUUGGCAACAUCAAAGACUGCCCCAGCCAUAUCAGUGGUACUGUCGUGCAAAAAGAAUACAAAACCAUCGACGAGGGAGCUUGGAAACGCUACAAAUAUCUCCAACACUUGCCGUUGUCGUCGAACAUUGAGAUUUGCGAAAUUCAAUUUACGGAGCCCGUUGUUCCGGAAGAGGUUCUUGACAUAUUUAGAGACGACAUUAAACAUCGCGAGGCUCGUCGCAAGAAAAAGGAACAUCAAGAAAACGUUCGUUUCCGUAAAAUUAACGAGCUGAACGAGAAAAUGAUGGGAUUCAAGUUUGAAGAGACUAAAGCUGACAUCAAUAUUGAGUCGAUGGAGCAAUUUCCGGACGCAAUUGUGGCUGGAAAUGAAGAAGAUGUCAAGAAAAAGGGUCCUUCAACGUCAUUUGCUAAGGUCCUUUCAUCUCCAAAGAAAAAGACAAUUUGGCCAGAUUUGUCGUCAGUUCCAAGUACAAGUAGCUCCACUAUUGUCAACCAAGACGAUGAAGCUGUCAAUCCGGCCAAUGACAUUGACUUUGGAAAUGCUAUAUUUGAGGCUAUUGAGCGCGGAGGCACUUCCUAUGCUCAGCCAAAAGCGAAGGGAAAAGAGAAAAAGGGAAAAAAUAAGAAGGGAACUGUUCUCUUCGCUACUGGAUUAAAAUUUUAACAUGAAUUACAUGUAACGAUACAUAAAAUUAUUAUAUGAAAGAAAAAUUAAUUAUGUUGAACUUCAAAAUAAAGUUCAGUUUGA